AUGAUCAGCGCGCCCGACAGCAGGCCCCUGCCCGUCCGGACGCUCCUGGAUGCCUGUUCAGAGGUCACCCUGAUCUCUGAUCGGAUCGUCGCCCGAUUGAAGGCUCCCACUGAGGACGAUCGGACAGCCGUAGCCGCCGUAGGUGGAGGCAUCGCCAGCAGGUCGAAGCGCACUGCUCGUCUACACCUUCACCUGCCUGGCCAUUCAUCACCGAUCGAGAUAAGAGCCCUGUGUCUGAAGCGCUUGGGAAUCACGACGCCAUGCCACCGAGUCGCCCCGCACGAGUCAUCCAUGUGGAGUCAAUUGAAGCUAGCCGAUCCUCGAUUCGGCCAUCCCGGUCCUGUGGACUUGCUACUUGGAGCUGGAGUAACACAGCGCCUCAUGAUGACCGGGCUGCAACGUCGUGACGGUCUCAUCGCGCAGAACACCGUUGCUGGGUGGACGAUCUGGGGACGGAGCUGUGGUCCAGGCGAUCAACGGCCCCAUCAGUGCCUCGCCAUGACCGCUGAUGGUUCCGAGCCUCCUUGGCAUCGACAGUUGUUGGCAGUGCUGCAGCAAUUCUGGCAAGUCGAGGACCUUCCACUCGUGCAUCGGCCCUCACCUGCCGACGAACGCUGUGAGCAGCUCUUCAUGGAGCAUCAUCGAGAUCGCUCAGGCCGGUACGUGGUCCGCCUGCCCUUGAAGCCGGACGCCGGCCGAUUGCUCGGGUCCAGCGAGAGCUCGGCGUGCGCGUCCCUCGCCCAUAUCCAUCGACGCAUGGCCCGAGAUGCCACCUUCGCAGCUGCCUAUCGUGAAUUCAUGCAGGCUUACAUAGACUCAGGGCACAUGGUCAGGCUUUCUCACGAGGAGAGGACACUGAGGGAUCGCCCAGUCCACUACAUCCCCCACCACGGGAUCUGGCAACAUGGUGACCACGGGCCCCGCCUAAGGGUGGUCUUCGACGCAUCACGACCGACAUCGUCUGGAGUUAGUCUAAACGACGUCACCCAUCGAGGUCCCAAACUCCAACGGGACAUCUGGCUCAUUCUCUUGAGAUGGCGACGGCAUCGUGUAGCAUUCUGCGCGGAUAUGAAAAUGAUGUACCGUCAGAUCUGGAUCGACAAACGUAAUUCCUUAGUUUUGAACUUUAGUUUGAUCACCAAGACCUCGUUUUCAUCGACACAAGUUAUCUUAGGGUUAUAG